CUUCAUACUCAGACACACAACACAAUCAUCUAAUUUUCUUUCAGCUACACAAACUCAUCUCAUCCUUCCAUGUCUUCCUUUUCGAGAGACCAAUAUCGGCGGUGAGACUGGCCGGACUCUCUCAUUUGAUCAGAUGAGAAGAAAGUCUGUGCGUAACUAGUCAUAUAACAUUCCUCCGUUUCAACAACAAUCUUACAGGGAUGAAGUUAAAAGUCAAAAAAAGAUGUAAUUCAACCCUAUAAAAUUGGCUUCUUUGAGCAACAAUACAUACUCUUCAUUUGGAAUUCACUCCUUGAGAUUUUAAAGGAAAACAUGCUCAAAAAGUAUCACGAGAUUCUCACAUCGGAUUGCAGCUUUCAUCAAGCCAUUGACAUCGUAAGGUGUUGAGCACACCACCAUCUGAAUAUCAGAGAUUGAUUGAAAAUAUGACUUCAGCCGUUGUGAGUGUUCGGCUCCAAGUUGCCAUCCGACUCCACUGAGCCCAUAAAUGAUGAUCGGUAUUUUAAACUGCCCUCCGAUGGUAGCAACAUACCCCAAUUGUUAGAGAUUUGGUUAAAUGCCAAAAGUAGAAAUCUCAUUUUCAUGACAAUAGAACUACUUCCCUGCUGUGUUGAGGGCAUGAAAAUGGGAUUUCUACUUUUGGCAUUUAGCCAAAUCUCUAACAAUUGUGGUAUGUUACCUUACACGUCGGAGGACAGUUCAAAAUACCAAUCAUCAUUUGUGGGUCCUGUAACGACCCAAAUUUAUUAUUCACCAUGUAAGUGUUUAUUUAUUUGGUGACGUGACUUUUAAGUAAGAUAGUAACUUUAAGUUAUUAUCGAGAGCAUUAGUUAACGACCGAGUCUAUGAGAGUUAGAGCAUGUUGGGCCGUGUUAGUGGACUUUUGACCCAAUGGGCCUUGGACUUAAGGUGGGGGGCGCUACAUAAGCCUUAGUAGAGAGAGAAAGUUCAUUUUUCUUUGUUCGAGAGAAAGAAGAGAGAAGGAAGAGCAAUAGCUAGGGCAAGGGGAAAACUCGAAGAAUCAAGAGGAGGACUCGAGAUUUCACCGAUCCAAGGUAAGAGAGUAGAUUUCAUAUUCGUGGGUGAUACGAGAAAGGGGAGAAUGUCGAUUUCUCCGUACCCGAACUUUCUCCACCCCAUUUUCGUUUGGAUUUUUGGGUGAUUUUCUUAAGGAAAAUGAUAGAGAAUGUUCAUAACAUGUUUAAUAUACUUGUAUCAUGUAGUAUGAAUGAUUUUGUGGGUUAAAAUUGGGAAUUUGUAGAUGUUUGAUCAAGAACUUUGUGGUUUAUGAGUUUUUGAGUAAAAAUUAUAAAUCCUUACUUUUUCGAUGUAUUUGAUGUAGAUCUGAGAAUCAAUCCGUCCUUUUAUGUUUAUAUAUGUGUUAUGUACAUGAAAAUAAACUUAUUUGGGAUUUAUAACAUGAAAAAUGAGAUUUUUGGGUGAUUUGGAGUGAAAAACGCGAAGUUUGAGCAUUCCUAUCAGGAGGCCCUCGCUAGGCCCUCGCUCAGCGAACAUGUAGCGACCAACUCGUGUAAGUUUAAGAGUGCAACCUAAGAGGGUGGGUGAAUUAGGUUAUGAGACUUUUUGUUUAUUUUUAGAAAUGUUAUGGUAAUUUUAUUUUUGUUGAAGGUUUGUGAUGAAUAUAUGAAUAAAGUGCAGGGAAAGAGAAAAUGGACACAGGAGAUUUAUAGUGGUUCCCCUAAUGGUACGUCCACUCCCUUCACACCCUGUGAAGGAUUUCACUAUGAUCUUUAUAAAGUGAAACAAGAGAACAAUCCUCUCUUUUUCACUCUCUUGCUUCCAACAAUCCUGGACAGCAAGGUGAUUCCCUACAAAGUGAAACAAGAGAACAAUCCUCUCUUUUUCACUCUCUUGCUUCCAACAAUCCUGGACAGCAAGGUGAUUCCCCUUAUAAUCUCUACAAAGUGAAACAAGAGAACAAUUCUCUCUUUUACACUCUCUUGCUUCCAACAAUCCUGGAAAGCAAGGUGUUCACACUAAUCUGAAUUUUAUACAAGAGUUUGAGUACAAGAGAAUUUUGAUACAACAAAAUUCCAAUAAUUUGUUUUCACUUAAUAUAACAAUUCAGAAUGAUAAACUCUAAGUUCUCGGGAAACUUUUAUCUGAUAUGAAAUUAUGCAGGAAAGUUUCAAAGAGUUUUGUGAAAGUUUUUACAGAGAAUUGUUAUAAAAAAGUUAAUGAAAGUGAUUCGUUGUUUUUGAGAAAAUUCUGAUGUAUAUUUAUAUAGAAAAUGAUACCUCUUUGAAAAUACAAUUGCAAUGAUUUGAAAGAGGUAUAAUAAUGAAAAAGGUGUGUUUACGUAUCAGAAUUUUCAAAUGGAUACAGAGGUAAAUCGAUUUCCAUUACCAGGGAAAUCGAUUUCCCUUCCUUUCUUAACGUUAAAAGAAGUUUCAAAAUUGCACAGGGUAAAUUGAUUCUUUUGAGUUUUUGCUUAAUGUUUCUUGAUUGGAAUUUCAAUUUAAUAUAAAUUUGUGUUUCACAUAUUAUUCUUUAUGAAAUUGUGUGUCAAUUUACCUAUAUUAGGAAUUAAGAUUAUAGAGUUCGACUACUCAGGAAUUGAAAAGAGACGAAUGAGCAAGUUAAUGGUAGCGAAAAGAGACCACUUGAGUCUUUAAAAAUAAAAUCUAAUCUGAACCAUGUAUUUAAUCUGAUGGAUGACAUUUAAAAUCAAAUAAAUGUUUCAGUGUAUAUUUAGAUGUCUCGGAAUUUUUUUUCUAUUAUACAAAAUUAUUGAUUAUUAAAGGUGCGUUUGAUCUGCUAAAAAACAGGGGACUGGACAAUUUUUGGUGUACCCUGUUUGAUUUGAAACUGAUUAUGAGACUGGGCAAAUUAGGUAGCAAGGGACAGGACAAGAACAAGAUUUUUUGUCCCUCACUAAACCACAUGACAACUUUUUGUCUACAGUACAACUAUAUAAAAUACGAAAGUACUCAUUUUAUUAUCGAAUAUAAAAAUAUUAUCGCCCUAUAUCUCUCCGAUACAGUUUUGUUCUGUCCUGUAUUAUCUUGUUCUGUCAUAUGCUGUUCUGUCCAGUUCUUGCUAUUUUACGAAUCAAACGCACCCUAAAAGAACAAGUUUGUGUAACUUUAUUGAUGUGUUUAGUUGUGAGAAGAGAUUGAGAAGAGAGAAAUAUGUGAGAAAGAGUAAGAGAAGAGAGAGAUUAAUGAGAAACAGAGUAUAUUUGAUGUAUUGAUUGAUAUAAAAUAAAAAGAAGAGAAAUAGGAAAAAGAGAAAUAAAGUGAUUUAACAAAUUGGCUAAAAAGUCCUUAUUUAAAAAUCCUCAUUUUUUUUAAACGAAUUAUAGAAAAAAGCCAAAAGCAAUCACAUGGCUUUAAUUAAUUUUUAGGUGGAAGGGUAUUAAUGUAAUAAUACAUAUAACAUUUUGUCUUCUUAUGCUUUCUUCUCACAUGAGAGAAGAUCACAAAAAGUGGUGGCGUCCACGUUUUUUUAAUCUCUUUUUCCUAUUUGUCUGCAUACCAAACAGAUGAAAUUCCAUAUUUCUCUCAAACUUCUCUCUUUGCUAACUCUCUCUUCACAAUUUCUCUCAAAAUAAACACACCCUAUAUGUGUCAUAAAAUAAAAAUGUCAGUUACAUUCAAUCCAUAAUUAAUAAAAUAAAAGUUUCAUAUUUUAAAAUGUUAUAGUUAUAUUAUUAACGAUUAGUCAAAAAAUUAUAUCUUUGCGAUGGUGAUAACAAUGAGCUUUGCAAUAGGACCACAACAUAAUGUGAUGACUACAACAAUGAAUUUAGUGCAAUGGAGUCAAGUUUGCUAUAGCAAUCAGCAAUGGUGUCAAGUUUGCUAUAGCAAUCAACUUUUGCAAGCAUAUAACACUCAACAAAACACGAUCUAGGUAUAAACGAGGGAGAAUGGUUAAAUCUUUGCCAAUCUGUUGUUUCUUCACCGUCCUUAAUUUGGUUCAUCUACUCAUCUUGACUUGGUUUAUCUACUCUAUAUUGAAUAAUGUGAUGUGUUGAAAUUAGAAUUUUAUCUUAAGAUGAUAUUAAAACAUAUUAUAAUCAAGGGUUAAGAUUUGGAGUAACUAUUUACACUUAUUCUUGGAGUCAAUUGAUCUCUCCUCAUUUGAAAUAUUAAAACAUAUUAUAAUGCAUAAAACAUGUUAAAAAAUUAUAAAGACCAUGUAUUCCGUGCCAUACUAGUAAUUAAAUAUAACAAUAAAGGCCUAAAUGAAAUUUCCCUCCUAGAAAUCGCAUCAAUUGGAAGAGUUUCAGGUACAUCGAGCAUUUCGACUUCUACUGAAAAUCUUCUCCCCAUAAAUAAUUUUUAGGUGUUAAACGGAAGAGUUUGAUCCGCAAGUCCCACUUGUUUUUCAAUUACCACAUGCUCUUUUUUGGUCCCACGGGCCUCCACCUCUCUAAUCCCACCAUUUUCGAUUAGUCAUAUCGUUUUCAAUUUGGCUAUAAAAAAUCCCUCUUCGAAUACCAUAUUCUACCCAACCAUGAUGACUAAACAACAUUGGACAGAGAACAGUAUGAAUAGCCGACGAUGGACUACGCGGCCGUUUACACAGAAAACGACAAAAACUAAACUAACUAAAACUAAACAAAACAAUAACAAAAAACAGAAGAAGAGAAGGCGAGUGAGUGAGUGAGUGAGGAAGAGGUGAGUGAAGUGGAGUAUAUAUAGCCAUUUUUCUAUGACAUGGCCGCACAAGUGGCCAAUUAAAAUUGGCCAAUUGACAAGCCUUGGACUUAAGUAGGAGACCUAUGAUCACCGACCUAUCCGCUACUUAAGUAGCUAACGGUGUCAGCAAGAGACAUUUUCAAAAUUUCUCCAAAAUUUCUCAUCAGUAGUUGAAGCCUAUAAUUAGAAACGAGUAGGGUGCCCAAGAAACACAAGAUGCGCGCAAAACGUAAUUCUCAGAUAAUGAAAAGAUAUUUAGCCGUGAGACCCAUGAAAAGUAAACUUUCUUUCCUCUUAGUCAAGGAUUCCAAACGGUGAAAGAUCUUUGGAUUCCGCACUUUCUUUCCUUCCACAAUCAACCUUCCCACCUUCCCUUAAGCCAAACACACUGUUAGUUUCAUUUCUCUCUUCUUCAAAAUGGUCAAUGGUCAUAGUCUGGCCGCCAGUCAUUAUUCCAAACCAAAAAAAAAAUAUCUCUUUCUUCUUACACACUAACAUCAAAACCAGAACAAUAGUUAGUUUGGUUGUUGCAUACUAAGAGAGUUGCAUUGCAUAGUUUUAAUUUUAAGUUGUCUGGGUAGUACAGUUAUGGAGAUUUUGACAAGUAUUGUUGCAAGUAUCAUAAAAAAGAGGCGAAUAUUUGGUGGCACUCGCACACGUGAAACAAACAUAGAAGCUUUGGACAAAGGAUUAUUAAGAAGGUAUGAAGUGUUCUUAAGUUUUAGAGGCGAAGACACACGUGCUUCAUUCACUUCACAUUUAUAUGCUUCUCUUCAAAACACUGGAAUCAAUGUUUUUAGAGACGAUGAUUCUAUUCAAAGAGGAGAUCACAUUUCAACAUCACUACUGCGAGCAAUCGAACAGACUCAAAUUUCUGUUAUUAUUUUGUCAAAGAAUUAUGCAGAUUCCGGAUGGUGUUUAGAUGAGUUGGUGAAAAUAAUGGAAUGUCACAGAACCUUACGGCAGAUAGUGCUGCCAGUGUUCUAUGACGUAGAUCCUUCAGAUGUUCGUCACCAAACUGGGGAGUUUGGAAAAGCGUUUCAAAAUCUUUCCAACAGAACUUCGGAGGACAAGUUGCUGAAAUGGAGAGAUGUGCUUCGUCAGGUUGCUGGCCUUGCUGGCUUUGUGGUUCUAAAUACAAGGAACGAAAGUAAGGCCAUCAAGGAUAUUGCUGAAAAAAUUACUCAUUUACUUGACAAGAAAGACUUGUUCAUUGCUGAUAAACCAGUGGGAGUUGAUUCUCGAGUGCAAGAUGUCAUUCAACUACUAGACAUGCAACAAUCAAAUAGUGUACUACUUCUUGGGAUGUGGGGUAUGGGGGGAAUCGGAAAAACAACCAUUGCAAAAGCCAUCUAUAAUGAGAUUGGCCGUAAUUUUGAAGGUAGAACCUUUCUUGCAAAUGUUAGGGAAGUUUGGGAGCAACCUGCUGGACAAGUGAAUUUACAAAAUCAACUUCUAUCUAAUACCUUCAAAGGAACGACAGCCAAUAUACAAAGUAUUGAUUCAGGAAAAAUUAUAUUAAAGGAAAGGCUUUGUCAUAAUAGAUUACUUAUUGUACUCGACGAUGUGGAUGACUUGGAGCAGUUGGAUGCUUUGUGUGGAAGUCGUGAUUGGUUUGGUCCGGGGAGUAGAAUAAUUAUCACAACCAGAAAUAUGCACAUACUUAGAGGGAAUAGAGUUGACGAAGUAUACUCAAAUAAAGAAAUGAAUGAAAGUGAAUCAAUUGAGCUUUUUAAAUGGCAUGCAUUCAAGCAAGCGAGUCCCAACGAAGAAUUUGUUGGAAUUUCCAGAAAUGUCGUUAUGUAUUCUGGGGGAUUGCCGCUAGCGCUAGAAGUUCUUGGGCGCUAUUUGUUUGAGAGGGAGGUAAUAGAAUGGAGAUGUGUAUUGGAGAAACUAAAAAGAAUUCCCAAUGACAAAGUACAUAAGAAGUUAAAAAUAAGCUAUGAUGGUUUAGACGAUGAUUCCCAAAAAGCAAUAUUCCUCGACAUAGCUUGUUUCUUUAUUGGGAUGGACCGAAAUGAUGUUAUACAUAUAUUAAAUGGCUGUGGAUUUUUUGCAGAAGAUGGAGUAAGAGUCCUUGUUGAGCGAAGCCUAGUAACUGUUGAUGAUAACAACGAACUCAGAAUGCAUGAUUUGUUGCGGGAUAUGGGAAGAGAAAUCAUUUGUAAUAAACCACAAAAGGAGCCUGAGGAACGUAGCAGGUUGUGGUUUCAUGAGGAUGUUGAUGGUGUCUUAGCAGGACAAACAGGAACAAAAGCCAUUGAAGGAUUGGCUUUGAAGUUGCCAAGAGAUGGUCCGAAACGUUAUAAUACCAAAGCAUUUAUGGAGAUGAAGAAACUCAGAUUGCUUCAACUUGUUGAUGUACAGCUUGAUGGGGAUUUUGAAUAUCUUUCAAAAAAAUUGAGAUGGCUUUCUUGGAAGGGAUUUCCUUUAUCAUGCAUACCUACAAACUUUUAUUCAGGAAACUUAGUUUCCAUUGAGUUAGAAAACAGCAAUGUCGAAAUUAUGUGGAAAGAGACACAGAGGAUGGAGAAGUUGAAAAUUCUAAACCUUAGUCAUUCUCAUUAUCUGACACAGACCCCUGACUUUUCAAACAUGCCUAAUCUUGAAAAGCUAGUACUGAAAGAUUGUCCAAGGUUGCGUGAGGUCUCCCAUAGCAUUGGACAUCUUAAUAAAAUUCUUCUGAUAAAUUUGGAAGAUUGUAUUAGCCUUUCUAGCCUUCCAAGAAGCAUCUAUAAGUUGAAAUCUCUUACAACUCUCAUUCUUUCUGGCUGUUCAAUGAUUAACAAGUUGGAAGAGGACUUGGAACAAAUGGAAUCUUUAACCAUUCUGCUUGCAAGUAAAACUGCAAUAACAAGUGUGCCCUUUUCAAUUGUAAGGUCAAAAAGCAUUGGUUAUAUUUCUUUGUGCGGCUAUGAAGGAUUCUCACAGGAUGUAUUUCCAUCAAUCAUUUGGUCUUGGAUGUCACCAACAAGUGGUCUUUCAUCCCCAUUUCAAACAUCUCCUGCCAUGUCAUCUCUUGUUUCUUUAGAUAUUCCACAUAGUAGUUCCCAGGAACUGUCAUCUAUUUCAAACCACAUUUCAAGGCUUCGAAGCCUAUGGAUAGAGUGUGGCACAGAACUUCAACUUUCUGAAGAUGCAAAACUCAUAUUGGAUGCUUUAUAUGCCACACUUUCAGAGGAAUUGGAAUCGACUUCAGCUACUUCACAAGUAUCAAAAAUGAAAACUUCUGAAUUAGUUCAAUGCUGCAGUCAAUUGCAUGUUUUGGGAUCAAAAGAUUCCUUGAAGUCUGUUCUAAUACAGUUGGGAAUGAAUUGCCAUGUCACCAAUAAUCUGAAAGAACACAUUUUACAGAAAAUGGAUGAGAAUGGGAGUGGAGGUUGUUUCCUUCCGGGUGACAGAUAUCCAUAUUGGUUAACCUUCAAUUGUGAAGGUUCUUCUGUAACUUUUGAAGUCGCUCAAGUGGAAGGGCGUAUGUUGAAGACAUUAAUGAUAUGCAUUGUCUAUUCUUCAACCCCCGAUAACAUAUCAUCAAAUGGCCUUACAAACUUGUUGGUGAAAAAUUAUACAAAGGCCACAAUUCAGCUUUAUAAAAGAGAGGCAUUAGUCGCCUUUGAAGACGAGGAGGGGCAGAGAGUAGUAUCAAGUAUAGAACCUGGUAACAAAGUGGAGGUUGUUGUUGUUUUUGAGAAAGGUUUCAUUGUGAAGAAGACAGCUGUGUAUCUUGUAUAUGAUGAACCAAAUGCUGAAAUAGUGGAGGAGUUUCAUGCACAAGAUAAGAAUGUUAUUGUUAGUAGUGGUGAAGAAAAUGAAUGCUUUGUCAGAAAGGUCUCUACCAAUUCACAAGAUAAGAAUGUUAUUGUUAGUAAUGGUGAAGGAAAUGAAAGCUUUGUAAGAGAGAGAUUUCCUCAAGUGGUGCCUAUGAAUGAUUUAGCACAUAACAAAAGGAAGACAGUAAAAGAAUGGUUGGGUAAGUAUCGGUGCUGCUAGUUGUGUUGGGUCGAUCAAAUAAAUCUUGAACUGUGGAUUACAGGUUUUAUGCGCACAUUGGUAGCUACUAAUGCUCUGGUUUCUGAAGAAAUGGAUUCUUGGGUAAGACAAGUUGUCCUUGAGAUUGAUUCUUAAAGGAAAUUGGCAGGUGGAAAUCAGCCAUUAUUCUAGGCAAGUCAUUCAAUAUGCACACAAACCGGGUAAUCUCGAUAUGCUUCAAGAGUUUAUCUAGGGGAAAAUGUUGAAGACAUGCACCUAAUCUCCUAAUGAAGUUUAUAGUAUGUUGUUUAAUGUCAUUAUUAUUGGACCUGUUACCUAUUGUGUGCCUUUGCUUCAUUUUUCUUCUAUUAGGUUUUACAAAUUCCAUUAAUGUUUUGUAAAAUAUGUACUUGUUGGUUACAUCAUUGUAAAAUCAUAGAUGAAUAUGUCAUGGUCAUUACAAUACUGAAGAUAGUUAAUCUUGUGGUAUCAAGGCAAAAAACUAUAAAACCAACAAAUACAUUAUAUGCAAAAUAAUUUUCUCUCUGA